AUGACCCCGCCACUGACACCUUCAUCAUCCCCUACGUCGAUGUCAUCCAUGGACGACAUUCAAUUAGCAUCGCUCACUAGGCUGUUGCAAGCCCAGCCUCAAUCACUGCAGCCGCGGGUUGCUGCAGAUGCAACGGAGCUCAGCUUUCCCAUUCCAGCUCAGAGUUUGCGCUCGCGGUCAAGCCUGCCGACUCUCUUUCGCCCGACGCUGGCUUCCUUCGAAGCAGUGCCAUCGCACCGCUCGUGGCGGGAUACGGGCAUGAUCAACUCAGUAGCGCCGUUGGCAUCAUCGUCUGUGUUUCAGCGGUCGCGGCUGUCUCAGUACGGCCCACACUCUCCUUACUCCACAUUUCCCAUGAUGACUGCCACUUCUGAGCCACUUCCUCCGGCCCGUACAGCGUUUACUGGCGAUGGCGCGCAAGCAGGCAGCCGAGGGAAUGGCAGACAUCACAAACACACGCAGCAACGCGCAGCCUCCCUCACAUCCUCAAUACCUUUUACUGCAUCCUCGAAAGAGCCGCCAAGCUUGUCGCUGAGCCUGUCGGAGCAGCCCAAUGAUAACUGCUCAGGCAGUCGUACCAAUGGCCGUGCAAACGGUUCCGCGAAUGGUGCAGCAAAUGAAUCUCACAGCGCUAGCACGGUGGAUCCGCCGGUGGCGAAGGCAACGACUUUACCGGCUCAUGCCAGUCCGUCUUCGACGUCCUCGUGUGACACGAUUUCAAAGCCUGAAGACAUAUCCGUCAAUACCAAAGCAGUGCAUUCGCGAAUCAAAGGAACACAACGGCGGCCCAAGAUGCUGCGCCUGACUCCAGCCUUCUCAAGCGCCGCUCCGGGUCCGUCGCAACCUUCGACGAAGGAUGCAGAGAAAGUGCAGUUCCCUAGUCGUGAGGCCAACGCCAAGACAACUUCGACUGCGCCUUUGCAUCCCAGUUCACGGAAAGUCUUGGCACUGAAGGCCUCAGCCCCGUCGGACGCGCCUCCUGGCCUGCAGCUGGAUCUGGCCUGCCUCCCUGUACCGAGCAUCAUGGACAAGCACAAUCCAGCUUCCACGUCGACGCUACCAGAUUUGGUCAGGAAGAAGUCAGGCGAGCCUGUGAAAUCGUCAUUGAAGCACUAUCCAGCAUCUGCAUUUCCUUCACGCACUGACAGCCUCAGUGGAUCCAUGUCGCGGGCCAAGAGCGUACCAAAUACACCCACGAUCCCUAAGGUUGUGCACUUCCAUCAAAAUCUCGAGCAGGUCAAGGUCUUUAAACACCGGCAACGGCCCUCCGCCGUUUCGCGCGAUGGAAGUCCCGAGCAAACCGAGACCGAGACGGAGGAGGAACGCGAUUUCCCCUUCUUGAGUCACUUUGGGCGGCGGCUAGACGGGACGGUCACACCUGAGGCGGCGAUUCCGCGACCUCCGACCCCGACAGAAGGGGACGAGCAGCUCAUCCUGCGCUUGCCCAACUUCCCCUCCUCCGCCAAGCUCUCCCUCGAUCGAGACAUCUUCCUAGAACGUGUCUUUUUGGCAGACGAUUUGCGCUCCGUCAAGGGCGCAAUUCAAGUUCGCAAUCUGGCGUUCGAGAAGUGGGUUGCUGUCAGGUUCACGUUGGACAAUUGGGCGACGGUCAACGAGGUGUCGGCAGAGUUUUCGGAAAAUAUCAAAGAUGGCCUCUCGGAUCGGUUCACUUUCUCCAUCAAGCUCAACGAGCUGCUCAACUGGCCUCGCGGGGCCGGUCAACACGAGACGAAGAGCAUGUUCCUUUGUCUGCGCUAUCGCACGGCUGGCCAAGAGAUGUGGGAUAACAAUGGCGACUUGAACUACCAACUCGACUUCCGCAAGCGGCCUGUGCCGAUCGCCGUCACUUCAACACAGCCGGUGCGUCCGAUCCCCCUAUCGCCUUCGGUCCGCGUCAGCGGGCUUCCAGACAUGCUUCGCAAGAAUCGAUCAGGCCACCAGAUGAUGGAGGACCUUAAAAAGGAGCUCAGCAAGUUGAGCGCAGAUGAAGACGACGGCGACCAAGCGCAGACACCGAAAAACGUCUCUCACGAUCGCACGAAGCGCAGAUCGCCUCCGGUCUCGCCGGGCAAGCGCUCCGGCUCUCCUGCCAUUUGGUCGGCUAGGUACGAUUUUGGCGAAUCACUCAAAAAUCCCGCCAGCGGGAGCAGGUCCACUGGGCCCGGCCGGGCCGCUGCGCUUGAUUACUUCUCAUCUCGCAUGCCGACGCCCGGCACGAUGCCGCAGACUUCUGCUACUUCUAGCAGUUCUACUACUGCUGGCGAUGCCCUGCGCCCCCCCGCUCCUCAUCUGCACGCCGCGUCGAUCAGUGGGAAAGACAUGUCUUUCGGCAUGAUGAGCCCCGGACUGGGUGAGAUGAUCAAACAUGAGCCGACCAUCCAUUCGGCGACUCCGUCACCCAACUCGACCUCUGCUCUGCUGACUCCGACCAAAUACAACACUUUUCCGCCCGGCCGCAGCCCUCUGAAUCCAUCAUGGCCCAAUAUGGCAGGCGACUUGACGCCUCAAACCCCUUCUCCCCCGCGCCAUCAGCAUCAACAUCUGUCCCGGCCUCAACAUAAUCACACUUCGUCCUUUGACUCGGCAUCUCAUGAUGGAAGCUUGUUUGAGUUUGGGUCGAAUCUGACCUCCCCCGUCUCGCCCACUGGUUCGCCGAACGCACUGUCUCCAUCCGCCUCCACCACAUCUCUGGAGUCGGAGACUACGGAAGGCUUCGAGGCAAACGAUAGCAAUAGCAUCGGGCGCCUGAGAUCAAACAUGAACGCAAGCUCGGAUUCCAUCGACUCGAAUGCAUCAUCAAUGCGUCCCGACAGCAUCACCAGCUUGGAAGACCUUGUUGCGCGUUUCUGCUGGAACUCAGAUACUCUUAACGGGACAGCAGCGACUUCACUUGUCAGUUCUUCGGUAGACCUACCUGGCUCCGGUCCUCCGACUCCACGCAUCGGCCCAUGA